AUGGCGACAGAACAUGACCGCCAAAGUGACCCCGAGAAGCAAUCGCAGCAGUAUGCCUCUGGCGAGAUGGAAAGCAGGACGGCGCAAUCACCCGACAAGCGCGCCACCUCGAGCACUAGGGCAGAACACCACCCCUCCCUCCCGGAGGCUGACGAUGGCCACGACGACGAGUCCUCCUCCGACGAGGGAGGCGACCAGCCGUCGAUACUAGACCGCGUGCUCAGUCGCGUCACUUCGCGCUCCAGCGUCGAUCCAGGGCCGCCCCCAGACGGUGGCAUGCAGGCCUGGUCACAAUGCAUCGCCGGGCACUUUGUCAUCUCCAACAGCUGGGGCUUCAUCAACAGCUUCGGCGUCUGGCAGGACUACCUUCCCACCCUGCUCCCAGAGCGCUCCGACUUUGAAAUCUCCUUCAUCGGCUCCCUCACCGUCUUCCUGCUCUUCUUCCUCGGCACUUUCACGGGGCGCCUCGCCGACGCCGGCUACUUUCGCCCCAUCUUCCUCCUCGGCAGCUUCUUCCAGCUGCUCGGCAUCUUCAUGACCUCGCUCUGCACAAAGUACUGGCACUUUAUGCUCGCCCAGGGCAUCUGCAUCGGCAUCGGCAACGGUCUCCUCUUCUGCCCCUCCCUCGCCCUCGUCUCGACCUACUUUCUCAAGAGGAGGGCCGUGGCCAUUGGCCUGACGGCCGCCGGCUCCGUCACCGGCGGACUCAUCUUUCCCAUCAUGGCGCGCGAGCUCCUGCCCCGGAUCGGGUUCCCCUGGACCAUCAGGGCCAUUGGUCUGGUCCAGCUCGCGAGCCUCGCCAUAUCCAACUCUCUCGCCAAGCCACGCAUCAGGCCGCGCAAGACGGGACCUAUUGUCGAGUUGGCCGCCUUCCGGGAGCUCGAGUACACCUUUUACGUGACAGGAGCCUUCUGCUUCUUCUGGGGUGUCUACUUUGCCUUCUACUACCUGGCCAGAUUCUCCCGCGACGGGCUGGAGAAGGACCCCUUUAGCUUUGACAGCUCCCUCAACCUGCUGCUGGUCAUGAAUGGCGUCGGCCUCACCGGCCGGAUCAUCCCCAACUUCCUCGCCGACCGCUUUGGCGCCGUCAACAUCUUCAUCCCCAUCUGCGGCGUCACCUCGCUGCUGAGCUUCUGCUGGAUCGCCGUGGACACGCAGGGUGCCUUGUAUGCCUGGGCCGUCCUCUACGGGAUCUUUGCGGGCGGUAUCCAGAGCCUGUUCCCCGUCGCCUUGUCGUUCCUGACGACGGACCUGCGCAAGCUGGGCGUGCGCAUGGGGAUGGGUUUCACGAUUGUGUCGUUUGCCGUCCUGACGGGACCCCCCAUCGCUGGCUCCAUCAUUGACUCCACGGGGAGUUAUGUCGGAGCGCAGGCAUUCUCGGGAGCUUCCUUGGCCCUCGGGUGCUUCUUCCUGCUCUGCUCCAAGAUAGUGAAGAUGCGCAAGACGGGGAUGGGCUGGCGAGGCAAGAUCUGA